GGAAAAGCUAGGCAGAGAGGCAGUAGUAGCAUUUGUCAUUUGCCACUAAUGGCACGCCAUGCUCCAAAUGUUGCGCUUGGCCUGCUUCUAUUUUCGCUUUUACUUCGAUUUUCUGUUUCAGAGAUUAUUUUUGAAGAGCGAUUUGAAGAUGGAUGGCAAAGCCGUUGGGUAAAAUCAGAUUGGAAAAGAACUGAAGGAAAAGCUGGAGGAUUUAAGCACACAGCUGGAAAGUGGUCCGGUGAUCCUGAUGAUAAAGGUAUUCAGACGUCUGGUGAUGCCAAACAUUUUGCAGUAUCAGCAAAGAUACCUGAGUUUACAAAUAAGAACAGGACAUUGGUCCUCCAAUACUCUAUAAGAUUUGAGCAGGACAUUGAAUGUGGUGGUGGUUACAUAAAGCUUCUCUCUGCAUUUGUCAAUCAAAAGAAAUUUGGAGGGGACACCCCAUAUAGCUUAAUGUUUGGGCCAGAUAUAUGUGGCACACAAACAAAGAAGCUCCAUGUUAUACUUUCUUACCAGGGCCAGAAUUACCCUCUCAAGAAGGAAUUGGAAUGUGAAACAGACAAGUUAACUCAUUUCUACACAUUUAUUCUUAGGCCCGAUGCAAGUUAUAGUGUCCUCAUCGACAACCGUGAAAGGGAUUCUGGAAGUAUGUAUACAGACUGGGAUAUUCUUCCUCCACGCAAAAUCAAAGAUCUCAAAGCUAAAAAGCCUGCUGACUGGGAUGAUAGAGAAUAUAUUGAGGAUCCUAAUGCCAAGAAACCUGAGGGGUAUGAUUCAAUUCCAAAAGAAAUUCCUGAUCCUAAAGCUGAAGAGCCUGAUAAUUGGGAUGAAGAAGAGGAUGGUAUUUGGAAACGACCAAAGAUACCAAAUCCAAAAUACAAAGGACCAUGGAAACCAAAGAAAAUCAAGAACCCAAAUUAUAAAGGGAAAUGGAAGAUUCCUUAUAUUGAUAAUCCAGAGUUUGAAGAUGAUCCUGAUCUUUAUGUGCUUAAGCCAAUCAAAUAUGUGGGCAUUGAAGUUUGGCAGGUCAAGGCUGGUUCAGUUUUUGACAACGUUUUGAUCUGUGAUGAUCCUGAGUAUGCGAAACAAGUGGUAGAUGAAGUGUUUGCCAACCGAGAGUUAGAAAAAGAGGCGUUUGAAGAAGCAGAGAAAGUGAGAAAAGCACAAGAGGAAGAGGAAGCUCGAAGAGCGAGAGAGGAAGGUGAGAGGAGAAGAAAGGAAAGGGGUUACGAUAGACGAUACCGGGAUAGGGAGCGCUAUAGGGACAGAUACAGAAGGCAUCCACGUGAUUACUUGGAUGAUUAUCAUGAUGAGCUUUGAUGGGUCUUGCUUGCUCCUGCUUCCCCACUUGUGGUGCUGUUACUUGUCUUCCAUGUGGACUAUCAUGGCUACCGAAGCUGAAUCAACGGAGUUUAGGGGUGGCAGUUUUGGUCCUAAAUUGUUGUACAAUUUUGUGUUGUCAUUCUGCUUGGAAAACUACCAGUUUAUAAUAACACACAUUUAUAAUGAGUUAUUUGGUAUUAGAAAAUUUCCAAGGAUAAUUCAUGCAUUAUUCUGGUGGACUCCUGGCGUAUAGGGCAAAGAGGAGAUUGGGCAGAGCUGCUCAGUAGUUAGGUUUCUUCAGAACAUUUUGCAGUGGCAAGUCCACGGCAAAAUCUUCUUCCUUGAAAAAUUUCCACAUUGCAGAAAUAAUCA